AUGGACGAGGAGAAUGCCCGGUCGGAUACUGAGUCGACCAGUGAUCCGCUGGCAGCGCCGUUGAAAAGACGGCUGCAGUCCCGGCAUCUACAGAUGAUCGCCAUUGGAGGGAUUAUCGGGCCUGGUCUACUGGUUGGCUCCGGGAACGCCCUCAAUAAGGGCGGACCGGCAGGGAUUCUGAUCAGCUUUUCCCUAGUCGGAUGCAUUGUCUACUUUGUGAUGCAAUCCCUCGGAGAAAUGGCCACGGCCAUCCCCGUGUCAGGGUCCUUUACCGAGUAUGCUCAGCGGUUUGUCGAUGAUUCCCUUGCAUUUGGUCUUGGGUGGGCGUAUUGGUAUCUCUGGGUGACGGUUCUCGCAAACGAAUACAAUGCAAUAUCGCUGGUCAUCGGCUAUUGGACAGAUGCCGUGCCCCAAUGGGGUUGGAUCUUGAUCUUCUGGUUUCUGUUCCUGACGCUGUCCAACUUGGGCGUGCUGGCCUAUGGUGAGAUGGAGUUCUGGCUAUCCUUAAUCAAGGUGCUAGGGUUAAUUGCCUUCUUUAUCCUCGCGAUCUGCAUCAGCACUGGCGGCGUCGGCCCCCAGACGAUCGGUUUCAAGUACUGGCAUGAGCCUGGAGCAUUCGCCGAUUCCAUCAACGGCGUUGCGCGGACGUUCGUCAUUGCGGGAACACUCUACGCCGGAACGGAGAUGGUCGGUAUCACCGCAGGAGAAUCAGCAAACCCUCAAAAGGCCGUUCCCACAGCCAUCCGCCAGGUCUUCUGGCGCAUUCUCAUCUUCUAUGUCGGUACCAUGUUCUUCAUUGGCAUCCUGCUGCCCUACAAUGAUUCCCGUCUGCUGGGCUCCAGUUCCGACGCAGCGAGCUCCCCUCUCACCAUCGCGCUCACUGACGCCGGCAUCCUCCCCGCCGCACAUCUCAUCAAUGCCCUGAUCGUGAUCAGCGUGAUCUCAGCCGGUAACGGCUCGUUGUACGUCGCCUCGCGCACGCUGCUCUUCAUGGCGCGCAACGGCAAAGCGCCGCGGUUCGUCGGGAGGACUAAUGCCGCAGGCGUGCCCUGGGUGGCUCUGAUCGUCUCCAAUAUAUUCACCUGUAUCGUGUUUCUCACGCUGUCCUCCAGCGCGGGAAGGAUCUAUUCUGCGUUGAUCACACUAUCAGGAGUCGCCACCUUCAUCGUCUGGGCAGCCAUCUGCCUCGCGCAUAUCCGCUUCCGCCAGGCGCUCGUGGUGCAGGGCGACGAUCCCGCGCGACUACCCUACCGCGCGACGCUGUAUCCCUGGGGCACGUAUUUCGCGCUGGGCGCGAAUGUCUUUUUGAUUUUCUUCCAGGGAUACACCGCGUUCCUGAAUCCGUUCAGCGUGGACGACUUUGUCAUCAAUUACAUCUUGUUGCCGGUGUUUGUGAUGUUUGUGGUGGGGUAUAAGAUCUGGCACAAGACGAAGAUCGUGAAACUGCAUGAGAUGGAUAUCUGGACUGGGAGGAGGAUACGACCCGAUAGUCUUUGGUUCUAUAUCCUAGUAAAACAUUGCUUGGGUCGCUCGUUUCUCUUCUCGCUGGAUGGUAGGUGGACUGCGAUUCACGCCUUGUAUAGACACCAUAUUCCCGUGACCUCUCAGUCUAGACCUGAGGAACAGCCAACUACCGAUCUUUUUGGGCCAGAAAGCAUGGACCCCCAGAUGUGUUAUGACGACGUCGCAUGGGAGCAAUCGGACGAUGUCUCCGACAACUGGUUGCUUCAGUUUCUUCAUAUCGAGGUCAAGAAAACCAUUGCGAAGUUCAUACUGGAGCAUGAUUCUGGCGACGAUCCAGAAUUUACAAUUCUUCGAAAAGGGUCUUUUAACAUCACGUUGCGAAUGAAGUACACAUACAGCGCAACCAAUAUCCGCUUCUCACAGCCUGGCGCCAUUCUCUUUUCUGAGGAGAAAGUUAGGAACGAGGUUGCUGUGAUGCGGUUUAUCUCGGACCAAACGUCAAUCCCUCUUCCAUUCAUUCUUCACUCGGGUACAAGAGAGGACAGUCCUCUAAAGCUAAGCCCUUUCAUUAUGAUGAGCCAUAUUGAACAUAGAACAAUCCUGCUUCAGCUUUCCAGGCCAGAGUUCCCUGAAAUAGGGUCUCUCGGCCAGGUGGACGACUUUACCUGGGAGGUGACCAGCCGGCCGUUUUCAAUGAACAUGAACGAGCUUCCGUUUUACAAGCUUGCCCGUGGUAAGAAACUGUCUCUGCCGGGUUACGAACAUGGAUCAUUUAAACUCUGGUGUGAUGAUUUCCGGCCGGCCAAUGUUCUUCUCAAUGAGGAUAUGCGUAUUGCCAGGGUAGUGGAUUGGGAGUUCACUUAUGCCGCACCAGUGGAGUUUUCAUACGCGCCACCAUGGUGGCUUCUGAUCGAGAGGCCGGAGUACUGGUCUAAAGGGAUCGAGGACUGGACCCGAGUCUUCGACCGCCGCCUAAAGACCUUCCUCAACGCGAUGAGGCACUGUGAAGAUAUGGAUGUCGAGCACAGCCAGAGCCUGCUGUCGGAUCAGAUGCAGCGGAGCUGGGAGAGCGGAGAUUUCUGGGUAGUCUCGGCCGAUGUGUUCAAGAAGGAGGCCUGGUAG